AUGUUUUCAAAUUUUAAUAAAAAUUUGAAUACUGGACGUCGAAAUCUGCUGAAUCAACAGCAGAGAGAUCGAAAUUCUACAGGAGACAAUAACAAUACGUCAAGCACUCCCAUUAAUAGUAGAAUACGUCGUUCGCUGACGAAAAACUCUAAACAGGCAACACCAUCGCCACGGUCACAGAGUGAAGAGAAACUAGACGACCUCUUAUUAGAAAGUAACAUUGACGAAGAAGAGCAACCACAAAGAGAAGGAAAUAGCGAUGAAAAUGAAUCAGAAAAAUCAAGUGAGAGUACCUCCACUUCUACACCUUUAGUUUCCUCCACUUCUAAGGAUUUACCCAUAACAAUUAAAAUGAAACUUGAUAAGCUUAAAAAGUAUGAAGCUCGUGUUCCCGUUUUAAAGAAAUCCUACGACAAGUUAGUGAACGAGAAAAAAGCUAUAGAGACUGUAUUGCGUGAGAAUACACAUCUGGAUGGAAUUUCAGAUGUUGAAGCUUUUGAAGCUCAUUUACGAAACUUGAACAUAAAGAGUGAGAUGUCGAUGCAGGAAAUAAAAAGAUUGACGCAAGAGCACGAUGAGUUAAAACAAAAGUUCAAGGGGUUGAAUGAAAUUCACGAGACAGAAAAGAUUUCACAUUCUGAAAUAAUUGACGAUCUUCGAAAACAAUUGGAACAGCGCGAAUUGGAAAUAAAUACUCUCAAACAAGAAUUCGAAGCGCGUCUUGAAAAAGAAGGAAUGGAUGCUUCUCAGGACCAAGACGAGAAAAAUAUCACUGAUACUCGAGAAGAAACACAAAUAAUAACAGAAUCAACGAGUCUGCAACAACAACAUAAUAUUACCGAAAAAGAACGAGAACAACUUCACCAAACAGAAAUUAAUAAUCUAAAAUUGGAAUACGAGUCAAAAAUAAGUGAACUUGAGAAACGAAUAGAAUCAAUUCUCGCAAGUCAGGAACUGGUCGAUGUAAAACAAGGUGGUGCUCUUGCCGAUGUGACCUCGAAAAAUGAUCAAUUAAGUGAUGAAAUAGUAAAUUAUCAAAACAAGAUAAAGGAAUUAGAGAACGUGAAUUCUGAGCUGGCUAAAUUUCACGAAAAAUCCACCGAAAAUGAACAAUCUCUGAACGAGUUAAAUGCAAAAUUGCUUAAAUCUAGGCAAGAACGUGAUGAACUAUCUGCAUUUGUCGAUUCACAAAAAAUUGAAUUUGAAACAAAAGUGAACCAACUAGAACAAGAGCGUAACGAGAUAUCUACGAGAUCACGAAGAGAGUUUGUUGAAAUGCAAGAAGAUCUUGAGAAUAAAGUUGCUGAAUUAUCUAAAGAACUUGAAAUAUC